AUGAAUGUACUCACCCAGAUCGACGACUGUUUUGCGAAUUAUAUAAAAAUUCAUGGAGCGCAAGAGGUGGACUCCUCCUGGGAUGAGGGAAUUGUGGUGAACAAGUAUAUCGAAUUGGGAAAUGGGCAAGAAAAAAAGGCGAAAGCCCCAAAUGAUACGAAGGAGAAUGGUGAAGAGGCCAAUCAGAAAGACGCCCCGCCUUCGCAAAAAUCAAACUGUGGCAACGAGACUGGUCCCAAUUUGAGUAAGUCAAUUUUGGGAAAAGAAAACCCCUUCACUUGCAACGACGUGGUUGAAGGGUGUGUGUGUCUAAACACGCUCGAGAAUGUAGCAGACCUUAAGGACGCCACUUUAGUCAGAUGGACAUGCAUGGUGCAGCAGAUAAUUUCUCCAGAAAGUUACGUAGGAAUUUACAAAUUAAGAAAUAAAAAAAACGGAGAAGUAAUUUUGAAGAGCUCAAAAUAUAGGGAUUACAUCGAUACGGAUGACAACUGGGAAAUAAUGGAGGACAACGAAAAGAAGAACGUUGGAGAAUAUUACGAGCUGAAUUAUGAGCAAUACUGCAAAAUGGGGGGUGAUGAAUUAGGAAUCAAGGAGGAAAACCAUACCGGGGGGAAGAACCCUACCGAUGAGGCUAAUACUCAGGUGAGAAAUAAAUCAACCUCCGCUACAGCAGGGAUAAGCACCAACCAGGUAGACAAAAAAGAAUGCCCCAAAAAUUACGAUGAGAAAAAAAAGGAGGAUAACACUGUGCUGAAUAAACAGAGUGAUGACAUAUCUUUUUGCGAAAGUGAUCAGAAUUUUAAAAAAUAUUGGAAGAGAUAUUUAUUUCUCUGUACCAAUGUUCCCGGAAAUAAAAGCACUUGGGUGAAACAACUGUGUGACUAUUCCUCAUAUUACAGUAAUUGCGAGAAUUUUUUAAAAAAUGAAACCGUGAAAGGUGGCCAUAUUUCCGCGGGGAAGUAUACAGCCCUUUCGAGUUGCUCCACUGAAGAGGAGGGCAAUGCAAAAGGUGGCGUCUUCCCCAGCGAAGAUGUGCGUCUUUCUCGAGAAACGAUCUGCAGUAGUGAGUUCGAUCCGGAGGGGGUGAACACAGCGGGUCACACAGCCAAUCACACAACUGAUCUGUCAAAGGACACGGGAACCACCGUUAGUGGUGCACCAAAGGAGAAGAAAGUCAGGUGUAUCAUAAAAAUAUACGACGACAAUAGCCAGUACAACGGAAAAAACGAAAAGGACUUCCUAAAACUGAAUGACGUAAUUGAAGUCAUCGGAAUAUACAGGAAACAUCAAAUAAAGCACUUUGAAGAUUGUGAGAAAAAUUUGAACUUUUAUUUUUAUUAUGAUCAGAAUUUUUUAAAAUAUCCCUGCAUUCAUGCUUUUCGCUAUAUCAAGGUUAAGAGGUUUAAUCCGCUGAGUAGCUGCAUAUUAUACAAAAAUGAAUUGUGCGACAUUUUGCAGAAUGGUCCUUUUAGCACCAUCGGUGAGCUGAGGAAACACCUCCUCAUGUAUAUUUCGAACAGCUUUUCCCAAGACUUACUAGUUGCUCAUUAUUUAUUCUUUUAUUUGUGUGGCAGUUACAUUGAGGAGAGCAAACUUAAGCUGGGAAAAGUCAGUCUAAACGUUUUUAACAUAUCGACGGGACCGGAAGAGUGUGCUUCCCAAAAGCGGACAACCAUUAAGGUGAAGAAGCAAAUCAGUGAGGAAAAAGUCCCACCAAAGGAACCGCUUCAAAAGGGGGAAAACUCCUCAAAGACGAUGGAUGAUUAUAUAGAGGUGCAAAAUAAAUCAUACCCAAGUCACGCCACCCAAAUGAAUGAGAUGAUUAAAAAUUUAGUUCCACUGUAUAGAUAUAUUCCCCUCUGUCUAAAAAAAUUAAGCAGCGAAUAUUUAGUAUCCGUAAUGAAUAACCAAAAUGGAGAAUUAAAAAAGGGGAAACUCCAACUGGCAAAUAAUACCUACCUAACCUUUGACGAAUGCGUGUUAGAUGAAGGGAAAUGUAACACCGUUAGUACUAAAAAUUUCCUCUGUAUAGAAAGGCUAAUUACAUCGCAAGAAAUCCCAUUCAUCUUUAACACGGAUAUUACCUUCGAAACGCAAAAUAACGUUUUAAUUCUGUCCAGGAAAAAGUCCAUGUAUGUAAAUUAUGUGGAUAUCCACAUCCCUGUGUGGUACCAAAGGGGGGAGGGGAAAAAAGCAGGAAAAACAGGAGACCAGGGCGAAGUGAAGACCGAAGUGAAGACCGAAGAGACCACCGAAGAAGGUACACAUGGAGACGCAAAAAAGCCGUACAAGGAAAACGAUCUUGAGAAGAACUCCUCCCCCGCUUUCUCCACCGAAUUCAUCAACACCUGCAAAAAUUAUCACCCAAAGGAAGAUGAAUUAAUGCAAUUUAGAAGGUACAUAAAUUAUAUACUGUCAAAAAGCCACUCUGCAAAAAUCCAUUCCGACGUAACGACAUACAUCACGGACUCCUUUGUGUCUCUGCGACAAACCAGCAAAGACGUGAACCAGUUCGUUUUAAACUCAUGGAUUUGCAUGUCCCGAAUUUGGGCCUUUUCGGAGGGAUGCAACGAAAUAAGUAAGGCGUACUGGGAUUAUAUUAUGAAACUUGAAGCUGAAAGGCGCCUGCGGCUUAGCCACUUAGACGCGCUUUACAUUUGA